AUGACAUCCACAACACCUGCCCAGCACACAUCGACCACGGAUACCAGCAUGCGGCAUCGCAGCCAUCGCGGAACACAGCGUCUGGCACUUGCGGGGAAAGAACACCGGUCAAGCUCCGUCAUAGGACGGCGCUGGUGCGCCGUUGGCUGGUCGAUAGCCGGAUGCCCCUUCCCAACUCACCGUCUGCCUUGUUUGACGGCACGACUUGCCCUUGCGGACACCGAAGCCACGGCCAGCACGGCAGGCAUACCUAGUGCAGAUUGCUCCUCCUGCGGCGGAUGUCCUGCCUCAUGUACGGUCCGCGGAGUACCAGCUCCUGCAAAUCCGUUGUAUUCCCAUCUUCCUCCCCAUCCCAUCGGCCGCCCUACGAUAUGCCGUCUUCAUCACACAACAUCCCAACAGCAUAAGGUGGCCUGCGUCCAGCUUGUCCCACGCACCAACGCAAGCAACCGCUCUCACAAAUGCUUUAUCUUUUCUCCUUCUCCCCACCGCCCACUCUCCUCUGCGAUUCGUCCAUGCCACGCGUCCCUUGGAUCCCACUAA